AUGAAGGUAGUGUGCGAGUCACAAGAUGCACGAGCACAGGCCAAAAACCUGCAGCAGAUAGCUCCUGUUGAACACGUUCUUGAAGAGCACGUGCUGAGGGUGAUCGGCUGGUUUGCUGAUCGGGACGUCGAGCAUCUUACUUGCCUGACUAAGGCAAGCCAGACAGAACGGCUGCGAAAAUUUGGAGUCAAAAAACUAACUUGGGUCCUCUCGCUACUGGACCAGAUACAUGGCCUCCUGAUGAGUCUAUUCUACAGAUUGGUUAACGUGUUUGAUACACAGGCACAAGUCAACGUCCAGUUGCAGCAAAUAGUAUCCUGGCUUGAGAUCCCGCGUGACUGUCUUAACGUUUUCGCCUCCCAAAAAGGGCUUGUAGCUGGCAUGCUGACCUUUUUGAAAGGGUCCCUAACGCUUGACUGCCGCAGAACAGGGACAGGGGUCCUUAUUUCGGAAACUUUGUUGGAAGUCGACAAGAUUGAAUCGCACGCGAGCUACAUAAUUGUCGUCGAGAAAGACGCAGUUUUCCAAACCUUGUGCGAGCAACAAAUAUGGAAUAUCAUACCAUGUAUCCUGAUUACGGGAAAGGGGUUCCCAGACUUCGCAACUCGCAAACUGCUCCGACACCUUCAAAUGUCACUGAACAUAGAAUCGUUUCAGUGCGGUUAUGUGGGGGACUUCGAUCCGCAUGGCAUCAGCAUUUUCCUGUCGUACCAAUAUGGCAGCAAGGCUUUUGAGGGGCCACUGGUCAGAUGUGCAGUUUUGCACUGGAUCGGCUUGUGCUCUGAAGAUCUCAAGCAGCUGCCCCUGGAUGUCCGGUUGUGCCUACUUAACCGUGACAGAGCGUUGUUAAAAAGUCUGCUGGUACACCCGAAGAUACGUAAUUGCGAGAGGCUGAAAGAGCAGUGUUUAUUCAUGAUGGAGCACGAUACGAAGUUCGAGAUCGAAGCGAUUACCAGUUUAGGCUUCGACUAUCUUGCUCGCUAUUACAUUCCGUCGAAAAUCCUCAAACGGACGUGGAUCUGA